CAUGGACUGGAUCAUGUUCCCAUCUCCAUUGGCCCAUUGUGUUUCACAUCACACAGUGCAGACAGCCAGUGUCACAACGUCACGCUGAACAGUUUCCGUCACUGAGAAGACGAUUCCCUCAUCAUUCACGCCGUUGAUCGUAACGUUUGUCUUCCGGGGAGAGAGAUGUCUGCGAGGCAAACAAACAGGAGUAGCCUGGGGCUGGAGGAAGACCCUGACUCAGACCCAGAGGAGGUGAUUGAGGAGGUGUGCGAGGAGUCUGCACUGAGAGAUGGACAGAUGAUGGAGGUGGAGGUAGGGCAUCAGAAUGUGUUGCUAAUACACAGUGAGGGGGAGUACAGUGCUAUUGGGAACCAGUGCACCCACUAUGGAGCUCCUCUUAGUAAAGGUGUGCUGUCAGGGACAAGGGUUCGAUGCCCCUGGCACGGGAGCUGCUUCAACGUCAAGACAGGAGACCUGGAAGAAUAUCCAGGCAUUGACUGCCUGCCAUGUCAUAAGGUGAAAGUCCAGAACAACAAAGUGUAUGUGUCAAUAAAUAAAAAGUCUCUGAGAAAGAGCAAGCGGCUGAAAGACAUGUGCAGCAGGGUGCCUGGAGAUAACCGUACUGUACUGUUGAUUGGAGGAGGGCCGGCCUCCUUGGUGUGUGCUGAGACCCUGCGGCAGGAGAACUACACUGGCCGUAUCAUCAUGGUAACCCGAGAAGAGCUACUACCCUAUGACAAGACUACACUCAGCAAGGUGAUGAAUGUACAGAGUGACAGCAUUCUAAUGCGCCGUAUGGAAUUCUACCACCAGCAUGACAUUGAGGUGCGGCUGCAUAAAGAGGCUGUAUCUGUGGACGUGGAGAAGAAAAUAGUGACGUUUGAUGAUGGUUCACAGCAGAGCUACAGCCAAUUGCUGAUCUCCACUGGCUGCAGAGCCAAAUUACUGACCUGUCCUGGGGUCCAUCUGGACAAUAUACAAUUGUUGGAGACCCCCGAGGAUGCUAGGAAGAUCCAUUAUUCAUGCGUAGGCAGAAUGACAGUCAUUGUGGGAACAUCAUUCGUAGGUAUGGAGGUAGCGUCAUACAUGAUUGACAAGGCCAAGAGUGUGACAGUGAUUGGGCGUAAUGACUUUCCAUACCAGAAGACACUGGGGACUGAAAUUGGGAAGUUAACAAUGAGGAUGCUGGCAGAGAAGAAUGUGAAGUUCUAUAUGAAUGACAGCAUCACUGAGAUCAAGGGAGAAAAGGGGAAGGUUAAAGAGGUGGUUUUGAAGAGUGGUGUGGUCCUACCUGCCGAUGUCCUUAUUAUAGGGAUUGGUGUUGUUCCAAACUCAGAAUUUCUAGAGGGUAGCGCAGUGGAGCUGGAUGCCAAAAAGUAUGUCAUUGUGGACAAGCAUAUGAGGACCAAUGUUGCAGACGCUUUCUCUGCCGGGGACGUGGCCUCCUUCCCACUGGCUAUGCUCAAGGACCAGAAGGUCUCUGUGGGCCACUGGCAGAUGGCCCAAGCUCAGGGGAGGACUGCAGCUUUAAACAUGCUGAACAAGCAGGUUGAGUUGAAAAGCAUCCCCUUUUAUUGGACGGUGUUGUUGGGGCAAACAUUCCGAUAUGUAGGGUAUGGGGAGGGUUACACAGAUGUUGUCCUGAAAUGGAAAAGGGAAGACACAUUCCUGGCUUUUUAUAUCAAGGAUAAUGAGGUGGUGGCAGCGGUGAGUUUGAACUAUGAUCCCGCUGUGUCUCUGGUGGCAGACAGAAUUGCAUCAGGGAAAGCAAUUUCAAAGGUGGAAGCAGAGUCAGAGGAAAUUAGCUGGCUGAAGCUGCCCUGAUGCACACUGGCUACAGGUCACCUCUGACUCAAUCAGAGAAUAUCUUGGAUGUCCUUCUUUGUCAGUUCAUCUUCAUCUGUUCAAACAGGACAGCUAUGAUCCAUUUUGGUUUAUUAGUCAUUUUGUAGUCAUUUUGGAAAGAGAAAGUCUUAACAAAGCCAAAAUCAAGUUUAUAUCUUACAUUAAAAAAAAUAGCAAGUAAACCUAUGUCUGAUGAAAAAUCACUGCGCAAAUCAGUUUAAAAAUUGUUAUUGAGAGAGAGGGGUCUUGAAGUCUAACUUUAAUGUCAUUUCUAUGACAGCACUAUUUUUUAAGAAACACAUCUCAGAUAUCCUGCUCUGUGUGGCUUGGAUACUAAAAUCUGCCUUCAGAUACCUUUCUUCCUCAAAGACGGAAAGGAAAUAUAAAGUAUCACCAUUGCAUUAUAAUCAAAGGACAUUUCAAUAAGCAUACUUAUUUGUUAUUUUUCCUGUUCCUGUUUUUGACGUUCUAACACUUAAGUUUGUUAUUUGUCUUUAGACGCUGAGUCGGGUUUGAUUUUUUUUCUCAAAAUCAGGACUUUAUAUUUCCUACACGCAUUUUAACGAAAACAUCCAUGGCAGUAUGAAUGAGUUGACUCUUUCUAGAAGCUAGUUGAUAUAAUCUGUCAAUAAGGGCAAACAACCUGAACUGAAAACCCUUAAAAACAGACAGAAUGAAUCACAGUUUCAAAUAGAUAUACAAAAAAAGCAACAAAAAGUGGAUGGAUAAGAGGGUAUUGGCCAGUAUGAGAUACUCUGUUUGAGGGGGUGAUGAACUGAUUGUUGACUGCUACAAAAAAGCCAUUCUAAUAAUGGGUUACGCAAACAUGACACAAAGAGCGCAGCUAAACUGCCUGGAACUUUUUACAAAAGAAAUGCUGUGCCUCCCGCUAUCCACGGCCCCUUUCUUUCUCUCUGUGCAGAUUGUUAUGUGUUAUGGCACCACCUUUUCAGUGGGGUGCCCUAACCUCCACACCGUAGUUCAGUACAUUCGGUACAUUGCUGUAUUACCCUUUCACAGUGCUGUACAAGUGGGUAUCAAGGUUCACCUUUAAAACAGCGAUCCCUACCAGCAUAUGUCGCUGAGCUGUCUCUCCUUAAAGAAGACUAUACGUUGAUGUACUUUGUUUUUCAAAGCAGAUGUACAGGUUACAUUUUUAUGGAAUUUUAAAAACUCAGGCAGGUCCUAAGCAAAUAUUACCAUUUAUAGAUGCUUCUACUACUUCAGCCUGUUUUCGCUGUGAAUGUAUAAUAAUCUUUGUUAUGUAUAGUGUAUUUGUGAACGCAGGUUCCACAUGCUUCAAUGCGCAUUAAGGGGACAUACGGUAUUUCAGGCCAGACUGGUCCUGGUGAUUAGCAGUAUCAGGCAUUUAAACUUUCUAAGGUCUGCAAAGUCCCCCCAGGGCAACACCUCCUGUGUUAUCAGAAUCCUGCCAGGUAUGAAUCUGGUCUUUUCGGGUGCUCAUAAACCAUAAAAUCAUCUUGCAACCAUGGAUGACCUUGUUUUCGUAAUUUACUGUUUCUCGGAUUUUGUUUUCGAUACUUUGAAAAUAAAGUACAUCUUUCAUUAUUUCUCUAUUUUGUUACUGAAGUGCAAUUUUAAGUCUUGCACACACAUUUAUGCACAAAAAGUCGGAGCAUUCAGCUUAUAAAUCAAUACACAGCCAGUUGGCUUGUUGCUUGACCACAGUCUUCAGUUUUCAGGGUUCACUUUUAAAUGGAAUCUGACUGUAAACCACCUUUGGCUCCUUACUCUCCAGUCUCCAGUGUAGAUCAUGAAGGCUAAAGGGUCAGCAGGUAAGGUAAUGUUUUAGGGCUGUCACCUUGCAAAAUCAAGAUGCCUGGUGUGACCACCUACUGGAGAGCAGAACCCGGUCCAACCCACUGCACCACCGAGCCCCCCACUAGUAAGAAUACAUUUGGUUAAUAAUUGCUCCCAGCUAUUUACAGGUCUUUAUCAACUGCUAAACCCCAGAUAGACCCCUUUGCUCAUCUACUUCUGCUGGCUUGGGGGUCCCGCACACGAAAAGUAAA